AUGAUGCGGAAGACCCUCCUUGUGCUCCUGUGCUCCGCAGCAGCCGACGAGUUCCUGAGCCUCAAGCGUGGCAUCUCCGCCCGAUGUCUCCUCCGGGGCUGGGCGGACGAUGCGCAAGAAAGCGACAUUGUCAAGGUGGCCCAGGACUGCUUCACGCGGAACGCCGUGCAACUGUGCUUUCUGUCGAAGCCACCGAGGCAAGGGACCUUGGGGGUUGCCACCGGUUGUGUGGUGACCAACCUCGACACUCUGUGGGGAUGGCGGCCGGAGCUUACUGGCUCGGGCUCGAACACUGGUGGCCCCUACGACGUCUACUGUGGAGACGCCCUCCGGUAG